CCAUUAAAGAAUAGACUCUACCAGUACCAAUGUCUAGCUAGCUAGCUAGCUAUAGUGACCUCAAGCCAGCCCUGACAUGACAACAACAAUCCUGAAACCAUGGACCUAUGGCUAUGCUAAGACUGAGUGAGAGAAAAAAAUACCGUGCGUAAUCAACUAAAUUAGAAUUUCUACAACGUUAACUAGAGUUACUCAACUUAAGAUUCAUUAGGAAUUUUUGCUGCAUGAAGAAUAUUGACCAGCUUGGUUUAUACCAGUAGCAGCAUGACCCGAAGAGAGGAUCCGUCACGUGCUGUGGCACUAGAUCUCAUGUUACGCACAUUCAUGAAUACAUCAGAAUUCAAUGACAUGCAGCCGAAAAACUGGGAUGCCAUUGCCAAGUUGAUCCCAGGCACCAUGCCUCAGGAAUGCGCCCAACGUUUUGAAGAGUUGCAGUCUGCUGCUGGUGACUUAUCCCAUGUUGGAAACUUUUCCACCAUGGCGGCUCAAGGAAAGCCAGCUCCACGGGGUAAGACUGCAGAGAACAGCGGACGGAGAGCAUACAACAGGAGUCAUGGCAGACCAAACAGCAGCUUACAGCAAGACAGCAAGGCAAGAGGGAAGGCAAAGCAACAGGAGACAGAAGGUGUGACAGCAUCUAAUCUCAUCGAGACAAAAGAGGCAAAGAACCUUACUCAAGGAAAAAUACAAAAGGAAACUUCAGGAAAUAAAGGGAAAUCUGAAGGCCCUAAUAUUGUAAUACAUGUCUGUGACGAAGCCAAGAAUGUAAAACGCGACUUCAGCUGCCCGCGUGAUCUGCUGGUCCGCGAGAUGAAAUACUUUGCUGAGUACCUUUCUUUGGAUGCCCAGCGUUGGGAGGAAGUGGAUAUCUCUGUCCACUGCGAUGUACAGAUCUUUGAAUGGCUCAUGCGCUACGUCCAUCGCCAUAUUCCAGAGAGGGUAGCCUAUGUCCCCAAACUAGAGGCUAGCAAUGUGAUAUCCAUCCUUAUAUCAUCUGACUUCCUCAAAAUGGAUGCUUUGGUAAAUGAAUGCAUAGAUUUCUGUCACAAACACAUGUCAGCGAUUGUUUCUACUCCUUGCAAUAUGAAUUGUAUUAAUGACAAGCUUGUUACCAGGAUUUCAAGUCUAUUUACAAAUGUGGAGGCUGAUGAAGUGAAAGACAAAAAAGAUAAAUUCAAGAGCAAGCUCUUUAUGAAGAAAAUUGAGAACCUCUGUGACUCAUCCAAACCCACUGCAACAAUGUACAAAUGUCAACAUUGUAAGCGAAUCCUUACUAGAAUGUCAGAGAGGAAGCUCAGAUGUAUUCCAUGUCGGCUAAGCAUUGACAGGACUGGUAAACUACUUUAUCAUCAUGAAAGACUUGCCUCGUGGGACAUCAAUGAUUACCUGAUAGCUCUGCACAAUGAACUGAAAUCAUGGAGGGAUGUCUAUUGGAGACUAUGGGGUCAACUAAACAUCCUCAAAUGUUCCAGGUGUAAGCAGGUAUUCCAGUGUUCUGAAUUCACCCAGUGUCAUCUGCACCCCCAAAACGCAGUCUUUGUGAACUCUGAUAAUACCUUCAAGGCAUCAGUGGUAGGAUCCUACCCCUGCUGCGAGCAGCCAGCGUAUAGGUUUGAUCCUCUUGAACAAGUAACGGGUUGCCAAGUUAAGGAUCAUCUUGUGACCUUUUCGGGACUUGACAAGUCAGAUUCUGCCAAACAUGACUCAGAAACCAGCAUCUUAGAUACACUGCUUGAUAGGAAAGAUGUCAUUUGUGCAGGAGCUACUCUAGUUACAGCAGGAAAAUGGUCUGAUGCCAAUAUCUUCAGUGCUGAUGAAGUCUUGAGUGGAGUUCUUGAUGAAGGUCUGGGGGUCAAAGGUCAUCUCCAUGACAUUUUUCCUGAUGACAACAUGCCCUUUGCCAAGCACAUUGAGGCCCAGCCAGAGCCAGUAGCAUCCUCGACCGAUGAUUGGGAUAGCUCUGAUGAUGAAGUUGGUGAUGAUGAGGAACAGACCAAAGGAAGAGGGUCAUAUAGAAAGGUACCUAUUAGUAGAAAACAGUCAAGCAAGAGUACAGUUGGGAGAGAAAAACAGGUAAGACAUACAAUUAGUUAUCCAAUUUGAUGGACUGAUGGAUGGAUGAACGAAUAUAUAGAUAGAUGAAUGGAUGGAUGGAGGGAUGAAUAAUCACAGGCAGAUUUAUGGAUUACUGAAUGUAUUUACAUGAAUUUAUUCAUUAUUGACAAUGAAUGAGUUAAUUAAAAUGAAUGGAUGGGUUUUUGAAAGAAUGGGUGAAUGGAUGGAUGGAUAAUUGAAACCAUUGAUUGAUAAAGUAUUUGAAUGAUUGUUAAAUGAAAAAUAGGGUUAGUUCAAUCUGAUUUUUCAUUUGAGGAUUAAUGAUAGAGUUAGUGACUUCUUUUUAUCCUUUAUUUGUUCACUUUUUUCAUCACAUUAAUAUAUUUGUCUCUAAGUUGAUCAGUGUAUUGAUUGAUUCAUUGAUUGGUUAAUCAGUUAAUUGAUUGAUUGAUUGAUCAAUCGAUCAAUCAAUCGAUUGAUUUGAUUGAUUGAUUGGUUGGUUGGUUGGUUGGUUGGUUGAUUGAUUGAUUGAUUGAUUGAUUGAUUGAUUGAUUGACCGAUGGGGAAUAACGAUUUAUUUUUUUUUUUUCUGAUUUGCUGUUUAGGGAUUGAUUUAUUGAAUUGUUGCAUGCUGGUUUGAAUCCUUUGUAUUUCUUUUCUUGUGUGUGCGUGUGUGUUUGAUUGAUAGAUAGAAAUUGAUUGGAUUGGAUUGUUGACCCAUAGGUUUGUGAGCAGACGAAGCUUUCUUUGAAUAGACCAUUGAAGCUGAUUGCAUGGCACAAUUUCAGCUUUAUUUGUAAAUUUACUUUGAACUGAAGAAUAGAAAGAUUUUGAAAAUUUAGUGAUCUGUAUUUCUUUUCAUGUUCUAUAAAGCUUGUAUAUAAGGAGGAUCAAGUAUCAGCAGUUAUGUGAGCAAAAAUUUUAGGUCAUUAGAUAAUGGUCAGGAGGUUAAAAACUUAGAUGAAAGUUGAUAUUUUGUCAUAUAAGUAAGUUGUCAUAUCCAUUCAUUUCCAUAUAACUUGAUGAUAUGAAAGAAAUAACAAGUUUAAAGGUCAAUGUCGCAGGUCAUUUGAGGUCAACCAACUUAACUUUGUUAUGAAAUUAGUUUUGUCUCUUUUUUUUUAAUUAUUAUUCAUUUUAGUUAGUUUCAAAGUCAGCACUGCUUCUAUAUUAAAUUGCUUAAUGUAUGUGAGACUGUCAGAGGAAUUCCACUUGUUUUAUUCUAAGAAUUAAAUUCUUGAUAUCAAGAACUCAUUUGUGUGGUCAAAUGAUGAUUCUUAGGAUUGAAUUAUAAAAGGGAUUGUUGUACGUACAUCAUGAGCAUGCACAUCGUCCAGGGCCCCAUAACACAAAUGUUGGUGAUUAAUCGUACGAUUGAUUUUCACGAUUAAUUGUACAUUGUAGUCAAUACAAUCAAUCGUAGCAAAAUGUUCUACGAUUGAUUGUUAAGCUUUGUGUUGCAGGGCCCAGGUGUGACAGCCUCUUUAAUGGACAAAGUGGUUGUAGACUAAAUGUAAUACAUGAUGCGAGAGUAUAGUGGGAGUGAUGUUAGAUCAUCUUGGAUUUAUCUCGAUUUGGAUUACUGCAAGUGGCUAAGAAAUCCCUCCCACAUAAAACAAAUGAAUGAAUUAAAAAAUUAAUGAAUCAAUAAAUAAAUAAAUAGAUAAAUAAACAAAUAGAUAAAUAAAUUAUUUGAAUGAAUGAAUAAAUGAACGAAUGAAUGAAUGAAUGAAUCAAUUUUUAAUCAAUGAUAAAUUU